UUGUCUCUGCAUUCUUCACCAUCUUCUUGACUGAGGACUCGGUCCCCGACUCGUCUGAUUCUCUGACUCGCCGCCGCAACUCUCGCCGGCGGUGACCGUCGAUUUUCCUUCCCUCUCCUCGAAAUAAAAAAACCCACAAAAAAGGAAAAAGAAAAACCCCAAAAAAAGAUCUCAUUUUUGGGAUUUUAAUUCCUCCGACAUAUCUGCUUUUUAUUCUCCGAUACCGUUUUCUCCCUUGCAGUAGCAAAUAAUCAGAGGAGAGGGAAGAAAAAAAGGAAAAUUACCCCCAAAAAAAUUAGAAAAAGGUGAACAGGACUUUGAGCAGAGAAGAGGUAUUGUUGUUUUCGUUUUGUUGUGGCAAUGGCUCAGGUUCAGCUUCAGGGUCAGAGUGCGAACGGUGGAUUGUCCGCUUCUGCGGCGGCGGCGCAGCUGGGGACGACGUCACUGUACGUCGGUGAUCUGGACCCUACCGUGACGGAUUCUCAGCUGUUCGAGACCUUUAGCCAAGUGGGUCAGGUGGUCUCUGUUCGUGUCUGCAGGGACAUGUCGACCCGUCGAUCUCUUGGCUAUGGCUAUGUUAACUAUGGCAAUCCUCAGGAUGCUGCAAGGGCGCUGAAUGAACUGAAUUUCAUAGCUCUCAACGGAAAGGCUAUUAGGGUUAUGUAUUCUGUACGUGAUCCUAGUCUGCGUAAAAGCGGAGUUGGUAAUAUAUUUAUCAAGAGUCUGGACAAAUCUAUCGACCACAAAGCACUAUAUGACACAUUUUCGGCUUUUGGGGCCAUCCUCUCUUGCAAAAUUGCAACUGAUGCCUCUGGUCAGUCAAAAGGCUAUGGGUUUGUACAGUAUGACAACGAAGAAUCUGCUCAGAAGGCGAUAGAGCAAUUGAAUGGCAUGCUUCUGAACGAUAAGCAGGUGUAUGUUGGACCCUUUGUUCACAGGCAGCAAAGAGAAUCUUCAGUUGAGAAGGCAAAGUUUACCAAUGUGUAUGUCAAGAAUAUCUCUGAAUCCAUGACUGAUGAAGAGCUGAGCAAAAUUUUUGUUGAGUUCGGACCAAUCACGAGUUGUGUGAUCAUGAGAGAUGGUGAAGGGAAAUCAAAAGGCUUUGGGUUUGUCAAUUUUGAGAAUCCGGAUGAUGCUGCCAAAGCUGUUGAGGCUCUAAAUGGAAGGAAAUUUGAUGAGAAGGAGUGGUAUGUUGGGAAAGCUCAAAAGAAAUCUGAGAGGGAAAUGGAACUGAAGCAAAAGUUUGAGCAAAGUUUGAAGGAAGCUGCAGAUAGAUCUCAGGGGUCAAACUUGUACGUUAAGAACUUGGAUGAUAGCAUCGCAGAUGAAAAACUCAAGGAGCUUUUCUCUCCUUUUGGGACUAUAACAUCAUGCAAGGUCAUGAAAGACCCAAGUGGAGUUAGCAAAGGAUCUGGCUUUGUCGCAUUUUCGUCACCUGAGGAGGCAUCUAGAGCUAUUGUGGAGAUGAAUGGCAAAAUGGUCGUUAGCAAACCCCUAUAUGUAGCUCUAGCACAGCGGAAAGAAGAUCGCAAGGCUAGGCUGCAGGCUCAGUUUGCCCAAUUGAGACCAGUGAAUAUGCCACCUAAUGUCGCUCCUCGUAUGCCCAUGUAUCCGCCGGGUGGUCCUGGAAUUGGUCAACAACUAUUUUAUGGGCAAGGACCUCCUGCUAUGAUUCCACCCCAGCCUGGAUUCGGAUACCAACAGCAGCUUGUUCCAGGUAUGAGACCCGGUGGGGCUCCAAUGCCAAAUUUUUUCAUGCCUAUGGUGCAACAAGGGCAGCAGCAGCAGCAACGCCCUGGUGGAAGACGUGGAGGAGCUGUUCAACAAUCUCAACAACCUGCUCCUAUGAUGCAGCAACAGAUGCUUUCAAGGGGUCGGAUGUAUCGUUAUCCACAGCGUGGUGGUCUGCCUGAUGUUCCCAUGCCCGGAGUUUCCCCGAGUAUGCUUUCUGUUCCUUACGAUAUUGCUGGUGGUGCUGCGCCUCUUCGUGAUUCUGCUGUUUCUCAGCCUGUUCCAAUUGGAGCUUUGGCCUCUGCACUUGCAAAUGCUUCUCCUGAGCAGCAGAGAACGAUGCUGGGUGAGAAUCUAUACCCACUUGUGGAACAACUUGAGCCAGACUCUGCGGCUAAGGUCACGGGAAUGCUUCUCGAAAUGGAUCAAACCGAAGUUCUCCACUUGCUCGAGUCACCUGAAGCUCUCAAAGCCAAAGUUGCAGAAGCAAUGGAAGUUCUCAGGAGUGUUCAGCAACAAGCUGGUGGCGCUGCCGAUCAGUUAGCUUCUCUGUCUCUAAAAGACAACCUCGUACCUUGAGUUCCGCAAGAUCCGGAGCCUGAGAUCCUCAGAUUCCGGAGCCUUACUUUUAUCAUUUAGUGUUUGGUCUUUUUCAAGAUUCAGGAACAAAGAUUGUUCUUGCGGAAAACUUGUUUUCUCCGACCGGUGUUUGUUAUGUUAUUUGCCUGGAUUUUUGAUUUGAGAGUUUACCUUUUUGUUUACUUGUGGUUACUAUUGUUUUGAUAUUGAAUAGCUGAAUUUUUUUGGAUAAUUUUGAUUUUCAAGCUAUGUUUUAUUUAUA